AUGGGAACGUCCCGAUGCUUCCGUCUGGCGUUCCUGCUGGGGUCUGUGUUAAUGGUCCUGCUCAUCAUCCUCUAUUGGGACGACGUGGGAGCGCUCAAUCUCUACCCCCACGACCCUCAUGACCUUUACCCCCAUGACCCUCACCCCCACCCCACCUCACCCAGCUCCUCCACACCUACCAAACCCCCACCCAGGGACACAGAGGAAGGGAGGAGGGCAACCCCCAAACCCCCAGGGGAGGAACACCCCCUCCCCCAAGUAACAGACUCCUCAGAGCUGGAGGAGAGGUGGAGAGGAGAGGAAGUGAAGCGAGAAGAGGAGAGAGUGAGGCAGGCGGAGGAAGAGAAAAGAGAGGAGGAGGGGAGGAGACAGGAGGAGGGGAGGAGACAGGAGGAGAGGAGGCGGCGGAUUAGUCAUAUGUGUUCUGGGAAUGGAACAUUAGAAUUCCCAGGAAAAUUCCGGACGUUUGACCAGAUUCCCAACCGGGAGUUAAACCACCUGAUCGUAGACGACAGACAUGAGAUCAUCUACUGCUAUGUUCCCAAGGUAGCAUGUACCAACUGGAAGCGUGUAAUGGUGGUUCUCUCUGAGGGUCUGCUGGCUCCGGAUGGACAACCUUACCGCGACCCCCAGGCCCUGCCCCCUGACCUCAUACACAACUCCUCCCUGCACCUCACCUUCUCCAAGUUCUGGCGUAGGUACGGCCGUCUCUCCCGUCACCUGAUGAGGGUGAAACUGCAGAGUUACACCAAGUUCCUGUUUGUCCGCGACCCCUUCGUCCGACUCAUCUCCGCCUUCCGGAACAAGUUCCAACAGCCCAACGAAGACUUCUACCGCCAGUUUGGCUCGGUCAUGCUACGUCGUUAUGGAAACGAAAGCGGGACCUCCAGGGUUCCGGAGUCAGCGGCGGAGGCGUUCGAGGCGGGGAUCCAGCCAUCGUUCUCGGAGUUCGUCCGGUAUCUUCUCGACCCCCAGACGGAGCAGGAGCAGCCAUUCAAUGAACACUGGCGCCAGGUGUAUCGGCUCUGUCACCCCUGUCAGAUCCACUAUGAUUUCAUCGGCACGCUGGAAAACCUGGAGGACGACUCGGAUCAGCUGCUCCGGAUCCUGGGUCUGGAAGACCAGAUAAAGUUCCCGCCUAGCAACCGGAACCGCACGGCGGCCAGCUGGGAACGGGAUUGGUUCGCUGAUGUUCCGGCCGAGUUGAGGAGGAAGCUUUACAGUUUGUAUGAGCCAGACUUUGAGCUGUUUGGGUAUCCUAAACCAGAGACUCUGCUCCAUCACUGAUAGGCUGUUUGGGUAUUCUAAACCAGAGAGUCUGCUCCAUCACUGAUAGACUGUUUGGGUAUUCUAAACCAGAGACUCUGCUCCAUCACUGAUAGGCUGUUU